AUGUCGAACUUUGAAACGCCUCUAAGGCAAUCUGUUGAUUCUCUACCAGACACGUUCUUUACGAAGAGGCGUGUCUUGCAGACUCCUACAGAACAGACAUCAUCACCGGCUAGGUUUAUCAACACCUAUCCAUCGCCAUUCAGAACGCCAAAUCAGAGCAAUCAGGCCGACCUAACCACUACUCGGGCUAUUGAAAACUUGACAAACGACCCGAUAUCCAAUUUGGCACGCACUCCUCUCAAAAGACUGGUCGAUUCUCCAUUCAAACCCUCGGCCCAAUCAUCGACUCCAGUGCGCGGUUCAUCAACAUCAACACCAUAUGCCCAGGAAGAAGUACUGGCCAGAUCCGUUUUUGGAAGAUCUCCGGCACCGGGGCCGACACCAAGGGCAAUUCCGAUUCCAGCCUUAGACCGGUUGGCUGCCGAUUCGUCUAUGGUCAACACUGACGAAUGGGCAGACCCUCUGGUUCAAGCAGCUAUGACGAGAACCACCAAUAGAGAUGGUGAGGUGAAACGGUUGUUGACCAACGUCAUUUUAUGGCUGGUGCUCAGAUUUGUGGUUGCAGUUACACGAUUGCUAUACAGACUGGAUCCAAGAACGGUUUGGGAUGUUCUUUCUGCAAUUGGUGUUGCUGACGUGAACUCUACUCUGCAUAAUGUGACUGUUGCGUUGGAUUACGCCUGCAAAGGCAUUCAGCUUCUGUUUUUUUACAAUGUGGUGAUGUCGUGUGUGAAACUGGUGAGACCAGUGGAUGAGUGUCUAGACCUAAAUCUGAGCACGCGACAACGCAAGCUGCUUGGCCUGUCACCAGUGGAAGAAACUCUUGACGACGAAGAACAAGAACGCUCUCAGCGGUUUGAACCAGUUGCUGAUCGCAAAUUUGACUUUGCAAGCACUUUCAAUGUGACGUCAAAUCUGGCCAACCUGGAUUUGCGUAGCACUCCGGAGAAGAAACCACGCAUACCUUCUCCCGUUAUACCCACAUCAUCUUCUCCGGCAGAAGCUCUAAGACGCAAGAUUAUGGAGAACAACCGUCGCUCCAGCAACACGAGCGUGUCGUCGCCGAAUCGCUCGUUUUCUCCGUCGUCCAAGUUCGUGUAUUCGGUUACAAACGAUGCUUCGCGGGAGUAUGACCAGAGUUUCUACUGA